UCUCCCACCACCACCUACCCAUCCGACCUCUGCGAGGCGUUGCUGUAUUUCUCUCUCUUUAUUCCGUUCUUUCGCUCGCCAUGCGCUACGCUUUCCUGCUUGCUUUCUUCAUCGCGCUCGCUGGUCGAGUGCUGGCUUUGGAGAUUACUAUUGGUGGUCAGAACAUCACCGCCGACCAGUUUCUCGAAACCAGCGAUUCCACCUUGGCUGCCGAUUGCCAAGAGCAGUGCAGUGGGGGCAAGGCGGCUAUUGCGGCCUGCAAUGGCGAGAACACCUGCCUCUGCAAUAGCACAACCAUCGGGAUGAUUGUCCAGUGCGAGCAAUGCUUCUUCACAGACUUGAUCGCCAAGAACAUCAAGUCGCCUGAUAACAAGGCCGGUCUAGCUUCUGCCCUCACUGCCUACUCGAGUGCAUGCAACAAUACAGCGAACAUCGUCAUCCCUGCGACAUCCCUUGCUCUUACGCUUCCCUCCGACUGGGAUGGACCGAUGUCCAUUGAGCUGACCACUGCUCAAACUGUGGUAGCCGUCAUCGCAGGAGGCGUUCUUGGUGUUGGUGCUCUCUUUGUUGUGAACACCAUGUAGCGUAUAGAUGCGGUGUAGUGGGUUGGCUCGUGUGUUUUCUUGUAUUAUGCGUUGUUUUCUUGCUUUCUUGAAUAGGAUGUAUCUGUGGUUGGAUGGUCAAUUUCUUUGUCGG